GCAUCUGCACAGUGAUCACGCGCCGAGCUCGUGGACCGCCCGCCAAUCAGAUGCCGCGGUCUCAGCGUUUGGCGAAUCAAAGAACAACAUCAGAAAUCUCCAUGUGAAAUCGACCAAUGAAAAGAGCCUCUCCGCUGGAUAGUUACAGAGUUAGGUUGCGGGGAUGUGAAGCCCGUUUCAGACAUCAUUGUGCAGCAGCAGAAGAUCAUCACUCAUACUGCGUGCAGCCAUCCUGUCCUCCUGCACACUGCGUCCUGUCACCCGGCAUCCUCCUUAUAAUUAUCAGUUCCCAUCUCACCCUCCUGAGCUGCGAUCAUGGACAUCAUCAGGCAAGUCCUCAAUUUUGGUGCUGGACCAGCCAAGCUCCCUCCCUCGGUUUUGCUGGAAGCACAGAAGGAAUUGGUUGACUACAAAGGGCUUGGCAUUAGUGUUCUUGAAAUGAGCCACAGGUCAUCUGAUUUCACAAAGAUUUUGAACACUACAGAGAUUUGCUUGCGAGAGUUGCUGGACAUCCCAGAAAACUAUAAAGUGCUUUUUCUUCAAGGUGGUGGAAGUGGACAAUUUAGCGCUGUUCCUCUUAAUCUUAUUGGUUUAAAGGAAGCAAAACAUGCAGACUAUGUAGUUACUGGUGCUUGGUCAUCAAAAGCAGCCAAAGAGGCAGAAAAGUAUGGAAAAGUAAAUAUUGUCCAUCCAAAGCUUGGAAGUUAUACAGAAAUUCCUGAUCCAAGCACGUGGAAUCUUAGCCCGGAAGCUUCCUAUGUGUACUAUUGUGCUAAUGAAACUGUGCAUGGUGUGGAGUUCCAGCAUAUUCCUGAUGUGAAGGGAUCCGUGCUAGUUUGCGAUAUGUCUUCAAAUUUCUUAUCUAGGCCAAUUGAGAUUUCCAAGUUUGGGCUUAUUUUUGCCGGGGCUCAAAAGAACAUUGGCUGUGCUGGCGUCACGGUAGUAAUAGUGCGAGAUGAUCUAUUGGGCUUUGCGCUGAGAGAAUGCCCCACAGUCUUUGAUUACAAAAUCCAAGCAGGAAAUGGCUCUUUGUAUAAUACUCCUCCGUGUUUCAGCAUCUACAUAAUGGGCCUAGUGUUAGAAUGGAUCAAGAAUAAUGGAGGCGCAUCGGCUAUGGAAAAGCUGAGCAUCAUCAAAUCGGAAAUGAUUUAUAAUAUUAUUGAUAAAUCGGAUGGAUUAUUUGUGUGUCCAGUGGAGAAGAGGAGCAGAAGCAGAAUGAAUAUCCCUUUCCGUAUUGGUAAUAGCAAAGGUGACAGCGCCUUAGAAAAACAGUUUCUGGACAAAGCUUCAGCCCUUGGAAUGAUGUCUCUUAAAGGACACAGAUCUGUGGGAGGAAUCCGAGCUUCCCUGUACAAUGCGGUCACUGUGGAUGAUGCUGAGAAACUUGCAGACUUCAUGAUACAAUUCAAGGAGACUCACCAGUGAAGAAGAGCUGUGCAAUGACUUCCAUGCUGACUUUAUUCUUCUCUCUACUGUAUAGAAUCCACCUCUAUGGAUAAGCUAUUUUCAUAGCGUAGAAAUCAUCACUCGUAAACUAGUCUCUUUUGUACUGAGAGGACAAAACCUAUCUAGCAUUCCUGUUAUGCUCUUCAUGAGUGGUGUUUGCAAUGAUCUCUUUUCAGUGAAAUGAUAUUGUAGUAGAAUUUUGCACAGCAUGAGCGUCUCAUGUUAUGGCAGUGAACGGUGUGACCACAAUGUGGACAUAUUGGAGCCGAGGUCAGUAUACGAUUACUAAAUAAUGCCACUGAUAGCACAGACUCCUCUGACUCUUUGCACGUUAACUGACCCCUCCUCUAUUUUUUUUUUUCUUUUCUUUUUUCUGUAAAUAGAGGUCAAAAUAUAUUGUCCCAAGACAAUUGUCGUACCUGCAUAUUUUGUUUAUGCAAUAAGAACAAAUUAAAUGUUUUCUAGUGUGUA